UAUUGCCGCACUUUUACUUCCGCCUUGUUUGCGAUGUCUGAAGCCGGUUCUUUGGCGAAGUAUGGAUCAAAAUCCAGACAGUUUUUUCGUUGUUCAAGGUCGGAGGACACCCGUCAGAGAUAAAAGCAUUGGAUAUCUGACCAACUCACAGCGAACCUUGAGCACAAAGAACUUGUCACAGACGUCUACAUUCCGCAACACCAAAAAUGGUGCGUGGACAGGGAGAGAGUCAUUUAGGGACACCAGGCAGUCCUGGACAGACGAGCCUUCACCGGAAAACCCUUAUGAAGAAAUUCAGGACAACCUCCGUGCCAAAAGUUCUGAGCUGAGCCUUGAUCUACGUAGCCUCAACAGUAGCCUGAACAAAAGCCUCAAUAAAAGUGUGACGUUCAAUGAGACUCUAGAUGACUACAAAAGGCCACGGGAUGAAGAUGAAAACAGUCUUGAUGACACCUUUGAAGAGGAACUUCAGCGCCUAAUUGCAAAUGAUGCUCAUGAGAAUCACCUCCAUGAACAAAGCCUUGCCGGCAAGGCCAAAAGUAAAGCCACUGCGCAGUGGUUUACUGAUCCCAUCCAUCUGUCUCAAGAAACAGAGUAUCCUGUCUUUAAAAGCCUUGGCGCCAAGGAACACACAGUGUCAUCAGUAAAAAGGACUACAGGUAUGCUAGGUACAGGGAUGGCACAGAAAAAGGUUGCAUCAAGCAUCUCGUCUGAUGAAGAAGUGAGAAGAUAUUUCCCGGUGACAUUCAACGAAGUGCCUGCAGUCAUGCAAACCCUGACUCCCCCGCCACCCAUGGACUCCAGCACCCGAAGUGUAGUAGACAGGACUACAAGGAGUGUUAUGAGUGAUGCUGGUCCGAGGAGGACUGGUUCUAGCAGACCUCCUCUCCCUAAUGGCAGAUCAAUGAGUGCCUCUGACAGGCAUCACAACCUGAAAGCUAUGAAUAGGAGUUCAUCUCGGAAUGGCUUUCCAGCUAAUGGCAUGUCCCUCAGACUCUCACAGGGUGUCUCCACUCAGGAUCCGCAGUUGAAGGCAGUGAAGGACUAUAACUACUUAAAGGCAUCCCAGCAAUUCAUAGAUGAGAGGGUCGUUGCAUCUCCUUUUGAGUAUGAGCUGUCUAAGCUCCGCAUGGAGCGGCUCAGGAUAGAGGAGCAAAGGAUCCUGGAAACCAAGCGGCAGGAGGAGCUGGAGCGGAUCAGAGGGCCAGUCCCAAAGUGGUAUGAGCUGAAGACUCCCAAUUUCACCUACGAACAUGCCAAGAACAAUCAACUGAAUAGCAGUAGGCAGAACUGGCAGAGCCUUUAUGAUUAUCGCAACAAGCUGCUUUCUGCUUCCCAAGAGUUUGCCAAAUCCACCAAUUGAUGAUCCAAUGAUGUCUUUAAGAACGGUGCUCUCGAUUAAGCAACAUUUAAACAAAUGCAAAGGUGAAGGUUAUUUGUGAAAGAGUGGUCAUGGGAACUGUCAUGUAGUGAUGAAAUAAUGGCUGGGCCUUAGAAAUUCUGUAUUUUAUUGCAUUCGGUAGCCUCUGAUUAGAUCGCUCUAUUGGAUUGUGAUAACUGGGCCUGUUUCCCCAACAAUUGAUCCAAUCGAUCCCAACUUUGGAAAGAAAUGAAAAGAAAUGUAAUUCCUGUCAACCACAUUAUGCCUUUAUAAAUUAUAUAUUUUUGGUACUUUCAUUUGAUAUAGUAAAAAUAUAUGCAUAUUACCUCUAUUAUUAAAGGCCAUCAUAUUGAAUGCAUAUGUAUAUCAAUUUGCGUCUUUUGAUUAUGAGCAGGAUUGUGCACAUGUCAUUGUUUUGACCAGUGUUUCCAUAGUUGCGAUUGAUUGGAUUGAUUGCAAUGCUUUGUAGGACGGGACAAAGAUUUUCAAAACCUAGGUGUGUGAAGUAUUGUUACAUAGACUAUGGUAGCAUCAGCUAACAAGUGUUGAACUAAAGGUAUAAAAAAAAUCAUUGUUUCCCUACCUUUAUUAAAAAAAGCAUGUAAGAUGGACUUCUCAGUACUAGAAAUAGAUCCAGAAGUCCAAAAUACAAUGGCAUGUUUGUGGUAAAAGAGCACAAGUCGGAGAGCUAAAUGUGCACCCUCUUUCAGUGUGUGAUGCAGAGGCAGAUGUUAUAAAUCCAUUGCUGAUAUUUGAUUUAAAAAAAAAACUUCUUUACCCCUGCCCCCUCCUGAAAGUCCUCAUGCCCAUGCAGCUUUGGAUAAUUACUAGUACUUUAGAUAAUAUAUAAGGGACUAUUAAAAAUUGAUUUAUGGAGAGAGAAAAUGCAAUAUGAAUAAUCACCUUGAAUUCAAUGUACAGUAUGUGCUGCUUUUCAAACAUAUAAAUAUAUAUGUAUUGUUUUAUUAAUGGUAACAUCUAUGUGGUAAUGACAUUUAUAUUGAAGAUUUGCCCCCCCCCCCUCCUUAGAUAGUUAUAUAAGGCAUUGCUAAACUUUGAUUCUUAUGUAGAGAGAGAAGGCAAUAUGUAUAAUCAAUAUCUCCUUGAAUAAUUGUAUAUGUGCUGCUUUUCAAGCAUAUAAAUUGUGUAUUGCUUUUCUUCCUCCCCCUUUUUUAUGGUAUCAUCUACAUGUCAGUGACAUUUGUAGUUUUGUGUUCAUAUUAGACGAGUCCAUUUAUAUAUUAAAAAAUCUUUAUAUUAUCAGUCAACAUCAUAUACGAUCUGUAUGAUGAAGUUACUUUAAACCAUGACCAAAUUCUCUGGAGAUGGCAAUCAUAGCAUGAUCUUUUAUGCCUGAACUGCACUUUGAACAACUCUGGUAUUAUUGUGUUGUUAGUUAGUCAUCCAAUGUUAUCAUUUUUUAUUUAUAAUUUAUUUCUUUUUCUUUUCUUUUUUGCUUUAUUCUCAAUUUAAUUAUUUUUAAUUCAAAUAUUUGUUCAUUCAUCCAUUUUAAUACUUUUUAUCUUUCAUUAAUUAAUAAUUAUAUUUAUUAAUUUAUUUUUGUUCAGAAGAAGGGGGAGAUAUGAAGUUUUUUUUUUAUGUUAACAGUCGGUGUUAAAAUGUUUUAAUGAUAAUUAAGAGUUGGAUAUUGUGUUUUAAUGACACUAAAAUAUAUCUUAUUUCCCAUCUACAUGCCAAACUUUGAAUAUAUCGCAUUUGGCACAAUUUGUAGAUGCACAAAGAGAAAGACCGAGAGAGAGAGAGAGAAGAAAGUUGUGACAUUUACAAGUAAUUCAUAGCAGCACAACAGUAGGAACAGAACAAACUUUUAUCUACAUGUAUGCCUUGACAAGAUGCUUUCAUGUGUUUGUUUUAGAUAUUCAUUUUAUCAGUUUUAAGUAAGUACUUAUGGGGGAAGUCUCCAACCCAACAAAAAUUUGAUUUGAAUUAAAAUUAUAUAGGAAAAUCAAACAAAAUUAAUGCUUCAAAUUUUAUCAAAAUCUGAUGUAAAGUAUGACAAUCUAAAGUUACGCUCAUUUUACAAUAGAGUUCUGCACACUCUCUGGUUGGUUUGCAAAUUUGUGAGAACCGAUGUCAUCAGCUAAUCAUAAUUUUUUAAUUUCUAAUAUGAAAUAUAAAUUUUUUAUGAUCUCACCUUUUAUCAUAUGGAAUAUCCAUUAUUAUAACCUAAUCAGGGGCCGCGCAACGGUUUUUAAAGUGGGGGGCUGACCAUGCAAAAAAUCACAAUCCUAUGGUCAGUUUUACGUUUUUGUUCAGUUUUUGAAAAAGUAGGGGGGCUGAAGCCCCCUCCCAUCCCCCCGCUUCCGCGGCCCCUGCUAAUAAACCUAUUGUAAAAUGCUGUAUGUCUGAAAAUUUCCCCCGAUUUCGUUGAAAUUUUCAGCUGUGUUUGUUUGAUUUUUUUUUUCAUUUUAUUCAAGUCAGUUUUUUUGUCUGGGUGGACUAAGAAUGAGCAGAACCCACCAACCUGUUCCUUAUAACCAUCAGAAUUUUAAGUAUUGCGAAUGCCAGUAGAAAUGUCUGUUAUAUAAAUGACAGCUGUGAUUAUAUAUUUAUUUACCACUCGUGGGAUGGAACACCCUAUCAGCAAAUGCUGCUUUUCGUAGGGGUCCAUAGACACAAUCAAUAGAACACAAUCAAUGUGACAAAAUCAAUAGAAGAAUGUGUUGGUAUUAUGGAACAGCCCCUAUCUAUCAUCCUUCCUAUCCUUUUGAUUAUGAUAACUAUCUAUGCAUUUAAAUUCAUUCCAAUCAAUCCUGCCAAUAAAUGCAUAUUUUGAUAUGCAUUAUUUAUGAUGAAAGAAUAAAGAGUGAAAAGCAUUAAA